AACAUUAUUCUUCUUUUAUUUACCAAAAUAAAAAUCUUUAAAAAUAUUCUGAGCGGAUAGCCGGAUAUGGGGCAGUAAAAAACCAUUGGCAGUGGUAGCAAUACUCAAAAGACUUUGUUGAAAAAAAUGGCUGGUGCUCUGUCUCCGGCCACCACUUUCCGCCUUAAACCCUUCUACGCCGUCCGUUUCUUCACUCACUACCGCCGACCUAUCAAACUCUUAAACCCCAAUCUCUACUCAUCCUACCCUCCUAAGCUUACACCCUACUUGUACCGUCGACGAAGCUUUUGCUCUCUGGUUUCCGCCGCUAUUUCAUCCGGAGAAGCAGUUGAAAGACUCAAAUUUGAAAAUAUUGAGACAAAAGACGGUGUAAAAACUGAACAAGUUAAGGAAUUUCGGAAAAGGUUGAGGAUUGCGGACAUAAAGGGAGGGACUGACGAAGGUUUGGACCGUCUUGGUGAGACUCUGGUGGUUAGAGGAUGGGUUCGCACGGUUAGGGCUCAGAGCAGUGUGACGUUUAUCGAUAUUAAUGAUGGUUCUUGUCUUUCAAAUAUGCAAUGUGUUAUGGGUUCUGAUGCUGAGGGUUAUGAUCAGGUGGAGAAUGGCUUAAUUUCAACUGGUGCAUCGGUAUGGAUUGAAGGUACUAUAGUCAGCAGCCAAGGGUCAAAGCAGAAAAUAGAGUUGAAGGUUCAGAAGCUUGCAGUGGUCGGUAAAAGUGAUCCUUCUUUCCCCAUCCAGAAGAAAAGGGUCAGCAGAGAGUUCUUGAGAACAAAGGCUCACCUUCGCCCUCGAACAAACACUUUUGGUGCGGUUUCGAGGGUGAGGAAUGCUUUGUCCUAUGCUACACACAAGUUUUUCCAAGAAAAUGGCUUUGUUUGGGUCUCAAGUCCAAUAAUCACUGCUUCUGAUUGUGAAGGAGCUGGCGAGCAAUUCUGUGUGACUACAUUGAUUCCAAACUCCAAUGAAGGUGGAGAUUCACCAGUUAGUGCUAUUCCUACUACUGAAUCCGGGUCUGUUGACUGGUCACAAGACUUCUUUGGGAAACGAGCAUAUUUAACAGUGUCUGGACAACUCAAUGGUGAAACAUAUGCUACUGCACUCUCCGAUAUCUAUACCUUCGGCCCUACAUUCAGAGCAGAAAAUUCUAACACUUCCAGACACUUAGCUGAAUUCUGGAUGAUUGAACCAGAACUAGCUUUUGCGGACUUGGAUGAUGACAUGGCCUGUGCUACUGCCUAUCUCCAGUACGUAGUGCAAUAUGUGUUGGAGAAUUGCAAAGAAGAUAUGGAUUUUUUCGACACUUGGAUUGAGAAAGGGAUCAUCAAUAGACUUACCGAUGUUGUUGAGAAGAACUUUGUGCAGUUGACUUACACGGAUGCCGUUGAGCUUCUAUUAAAAGCAAAAAAGAAGUUUGAUUUCCCGGUGAAAUGGGGAUGUGAUUUGCAAAGUGAGCAUGAACGAUAUAUCACCGAGGAGGCUUUUGGUGGUUGUCCUGUGAUUAUUAGAGACUAUCCGAAGGACAUUAAGGCAUUUUACAUGCGGCAGAACGAUGAUGGAAAGACUGUUGCAGCCAUGGAUAUGUUGGUACCUCGGGUUGGAGAACUUAUUGGUGGAAGUCAAAGAGAGGAACGCCUUGAAUACCUAGAAGAACGUUUGGAUAACUUGAACCUCAACAAAGAAAGCUUUUGGUGGUAUCUUGAUCUGCGACGUUAUGGUUCAGUUCCUCAUGCUGGAUUUGGGUUAGGCUUUGAAAGGCUCGUGCAAUUUGCGACUGGAAUAGACAAUAUCAGAGAUGCAAUACCUUUCCCUCGAACACCCGGUUCUGCGGAAUUUUGAGUUUUGACCUUAAAGGGUACCUUGAUUUUUUUUAAAAAAUGAAUCGGUACAAAAAGGUGCAAUGUCACCAAUACUACCUUCUGUACUGACUUUUUUGUCUUUUCACUAUACAUUCAUUAUAUAGAUUUUGUAGAACGUGUAUGUGGAAGUUAUAGUCAUUUCUGAGAAAUAAUUAUAGAUAUGGAACACACCUAAAAAAUGUGUUUUCAUAAGACCUGAUAAGUUGCAGGGUUCCCAA